GAACAGCUGUGACGGCUUUUAACGGAAACUUUAAUAUUUGUGUUUCUGCCGUUAAAGAAACUCUCGUCGUGUUUCCGGUUCGGACAGAUGUUUGUUUUCCCUCUGAGUCAUCGACACAAACUGACGUCAUUUAACCCGGUGUGUAUCAGUGGGUUUCCAUGGAGACCGAGGAUUAACUAACCCAACCUGGCUAACGUUAGCAAAGCCUGUCCAGCGGUCUGCUCCAGAGAUGGAGGAGCAGAGGGAGACAGGAGGAGGUGCAGAGUCCCAGGAGAAAGGAGGAGGUAUCAGGUGCAUAACGGAGGAGUUGUUAUUGAAGCUGACAGGCUGUCAGUCUCUGUCUCUGGUUCGUUCCCUCAAUCUGUCCUCAGCUGGAGACAAACAGAUCAAGUUCAUAGAGAACCUCCACGGCUGUCAGCGUCUGCAGGUUUUAAACCUGAACAAUAACCUGAUCCAGAGGAUGGAGAGACUGAGCGCUUUGACUCAGCUCAGAGAGCUGCAGCUGGCACACAACAACAUCCAGAGGAUCGAGGGACUGGAGCUCAUGUCCAGUCUGCAGUAUCUGAACCUGUCCCACAACAGGAUUGACCACGUUCCUGCGUGGCUCGGGAAGAAACUGCACUCACUGCACACACUCCACCUGCAGCACAACCUCAUCACCUCUCUGUACGAGGUGUCCAGACUGCGUUCUCUGAGCAGCAUAUCAGAGCUGUCUGUGUCAGGAAACCCCGCCUCCUCGCUGCCACACUCCCGCCUCUUCCUGCUCUACCACGUCAGGACUCUGGACAGGCUGGACGACCUGCUGGUCACCCAGGAGGAGAGAGGACACGCCCACCAACGGUUCAGCACCGAGGAGCUGGAGCGUCUGCAGCGGGAGAUGGACAGCAGCCAAUCAGAGCUGCAGGCUGCAGUGACUCGACUCCACCAGCAGGAGGAGACAAACCGAACACUGACGGCUCGCACGGAAACACAACGACAGCAACACACACUGCUGGAGGAAGAGCUACACACCAAGAGUCAGCUGUUGGAGAAGACGACAGUUGAGUUGACCCGAGCCUUUCACAGACUGUAUGAGCUGGAGCAGGAGCUGGCUUUCUACAAGAUCGACACCAAACUGAGUCCCCUGCCCGCCUGCAGCCUGCAGGAAGUGGACUCUGUGGACUCUGUGGCUGAGAGUCCGUACAUCGGCAAGGCUCGACACGUCAGGAACAUCAUCACCUCCACCCCCCGAAACUCCUCCUCCUUCUCCUCCUCCCUGCAGACCCACGAGGGUUCAGACGUUCACACUGACAUGGAGACAUCACGCCCCCUGCUGGAGGACUGCAGGACAGAGCAGAGUAAAGAUGAGGAUGAGCUCCUGCAGUGGGCCCAUCAGACCGAGCAGCAGCCAGCAGCAGAACACCCUGAGCCUGAGCCAACCACAGCACACAGACAGCAGGAGGCGCUGUGUCGUCUCCUCAGUAAGCUGUCUGUCCUGGAGCAGCUGAGAGACGAAGCUGACGAGACACGAAGACAGAUGGACAGACAGACAGAUGAGAGCAGGAGGACAGAGAGAGAGACAGUAGAGCUGGAGACACAGCUGCUGACACUGGACACCACAGACCCUCAACAUGACAGCAUGCAGCUGUAA